GUGCGCCUGCGCGCUCGGCCCCCGCGGCGUCCAGGACUCCGGGACCGCGGAGGCGGGGGUUGUCGGUGUUGGCGGCGGGGUUGGCGACGGCGGCUGUGGCGGCGCUGGCGGCGGCCGUGAAGGUGGAGGUGGCGGCGGCCGUGGAGGCGGCCGUGGAGGCGGCCGUGGCGGCGGCCGGGCUGUGGGGGGAGAGCCCGCGGCGGGCUCUGGGUUCGCGAAGCGCCGCGCAGUCGGAGCCCGCCGCCCGCCGCGGAGCCAUGGAGAUCGGCACCGAGAUCAGCCGCAAGAUCCGGAGCGCCAUUAAGGGGAAAUUGCAAGAAUUAGGAGCGUACGUGGAUGAAGAACUUCCCGAUUACAUAAUGGUGAUGGUGGCCAACAAGAAAAGUCAGGACCAAAUGACAGAGGACCUGUCCCUGUUUCUAGGGAACAACACAAUUCGAUUCACCGUGUGGCUUCAUGGUGUAUUGGAUAAACUUCGAUCUGUUACAACUGAACCGUCUAGUCUAAAGUCUAGUCUGAAAUCUUCAGAUACCAAAAUCUUUGAUAGUAACGUGCCUUCCACCAAGAGCAGCGCGAGUCGGGCCGAGGAGAGGAGGCAUGAAGCUACCGUUCCCCCUCUGGCCGUUCCCAGCAGCAGAUCUGAGAAAAGAGAUUCCAGAGUUUCUGCAAGUUCCCAGGAGCAGAAAAGCACUAAUGUCAGGCAGACUUGCGAUGAUGGAACUUCAACCCGGUUGAUGUCAACGGUGAAGCCCCUGAGGGAGCCAGCGCCCUCUGAAGACGUGAUUGAUAUCAAGCCGGAGCCAGAUGACCUGAUUGAUGAGGACCUCAAUUUUGUGCAGGAGAAUUCCUUAUCUCAGAAAAAGCCAACAGUGACUGUUACGUACGGCUCUUCUCGUCCUUCUAUCGAAAUUUACCGGCCACCUGCAAGUCGCAGUGCUGACAGUGGUGCUCAUUUGAACAGGUUGCAGCUGCAGCAAGUGCAGCAGCCAAGCAGUGGGCAUGUGAGCAAGCAGCUUGGUGCACAGAACAGUCAGGGGUACGAAGCUGGACGUUUGUGUGAGCCAGAAGUACAAGAAACCUACAGCCCUUUCUUCAGAAACAGUUCAGAAAAAGAUGAAAACUUUCGGAAAAGAAAGUUGCCUGUGGUGAGUUCGGUUGUUAAAGUGAAAAAAUUCAAUCUUGAUGGAGAGGAGGAGGAGGAGGAGGACGACUACGGCUCCCGGACAGGAAGUGUCUCCAGCAGCGUGUCGGUGCCUGCGAAGCCCGAGAGGAGACCGUCCCUUCCACCUUCUAAACAAGCUAACAAGAAUCUAAUUUUGAAGGCCAUAUCUGAAGCUCAAGAAUCUGUAACAAAAACAACUAAUUAUUCCACAGUCCCACAGAAGCAGACACUUCCAGUGGCUCCCAGAACUCGACCCUCUCAGGAGGAAUUGCUGGAAGUGGCUCAGGGGCAAGGCAGGAUCCCCAGAGUGAGUGCCCCCCUGAAAGACGAGGCAAUGAAAGGAGAGAACACGGAAAAAGGCCAAGGAAUGCAACACAGGCAGUUGUUGUCCCGCCUGCAGAUUGACCCAGUAAUGGCAGAAACUCUGCACAUCAGUCAAGAUUACUAUGACAUGGAAUCCAUGGUCCAUGCAGACACAAGAUCAUUUAUUCUGAAGAAGCCCAAGCUGUCUGAGGAAAUAGUAGUGGCACCAAACCAAGAGUCGGGGAUGAAGACUGCAGAUACCCUGCGGGUACUUUCAGGACACCUUAUGCAGACACGAGAUCUUGUACAACCAGAUAAACCUGCAAGUCCCAAGUUUAUAGUGACGCUGGAUGGUGUCCCCAGCCCCCCAGGAUACAUGUCAGAUCAAGAGGAGGACAUGUGCUUUGAAGGAGUGAAACCCGUAAACCAAGCUGCAGCCUCACGUCAGGGACUCAGAGGUCUCCUGCAGCCGCAGCAGUUGCAGUUGCUCAGCAGGCAGCUUGAGGACCCAGAUGGUAGCUUUGCCAACGCUGAGAUGAGUGAACUGAGUGGUGCACAAAAGCCAGAGAAGCUCUUGGAGCGCUGCAAGUACUGGCCAGCUUGUAAGAAUGGAGAGGAGUGUGCGUACCACCACCCUGUGUCACCCUGCAAAGCCUUCCCCAAUUGUAAAUUUGCUGAAAAGUGUUUGUUUGUUCAUCCAAAUUGUAAAUACGAUGCAAAGUGUACUAAACCAGAUUGUCCCUUCACUCAUAUGAGUAGAAGAAUUCCAGUACUGUCCCCAAAACCAGUUACAACACCAGGAAUACCUUCUUCUGGUCAGCUCUGCCGUUACUUUCCGGCUUGUAAAAAAAUGGAAUGUCCCUUUUAUCACCCAAAACAUUGCAGGUUUAACACUCAGUGUACAAGACCAGACUGCACAUUCUACCACCCCACCAUUGCUGUACCACCACGACAUGCCUUGAAAUGGAUUCGGCCUCAAACUAGCGAGUGACACCCAGUCAUACCUGGCAGAAGACUGUGCAGU